AUGGACCAAGAAACCAACUCCUACGUCACAAACGUCUUCGGCUACUAUUCCAUCCCCUGCAACGACUUCCGCACACACCUCUUCCACGCCCUCCAAAUCUUCAACACCCACGGCAUCCCCACGUGCAUCUUCAAGCACGCCGAACCGGCCUCCCUCUCCCCCGUCUACGACUCCCGCACCCGCUGCGCCGCCAUCCUCGACGGCAACCACCACAACAAACACCUCUGUCAGGCCUUUGACCGCUUCUGCUACCACGUCGAAGACCCCGGGUUGGAGGCGGCCGAUUGGCAGUUGCGGCAGGAAUUGGUGCGGUUUGCGCGGCUGUUGCUGUGCGAGGCGCAUCGGCAGGAGAUGACGACGCCGGUGCUGCUGGGGGAUCUGGCGGAGAAGGUGACGGUUUGUCGGAAGAGGUUUAUUCUCAGGGAGCGGGGGGGCGGUGGGUAUGCUUCCCUCUCGGGGAGGAAGGAGGGCAGGGGAGGAGAUCAUCAUCACCAUCAUCAUCAUCAUCAGAGGCAGAAAUCGAGGUUCUCGAGUCUCUUCAUGACUCCGAGGAAGUCGGGCGAGCAGCAGGAGUUCGAGCAGCACGGAGACCGGAGCGCUUCGCCAUCGUCGGGAGAGGAAGGAUCCUCGAAUGUGAGAAGGUCCGUCUCGGAGAAGCAGACGAUUCGGCCAAUGUCUUCAUCUCCGGACAUGCAGGGCUUGCAGAGCCCGAGGCAUGCUUCUAUAGAUCUGACGUUCAGAGACUCGCGGUCCAAGGAGAGACACUCGGUAGGAAGGGCGUCGGCGCUCAUGACCAAGUUGAGUCCUGCACAGAAGUCAAGAUGGGAAGUCGAUUGA